AUGGUUGUGAAAGCAUGCAAUCGCUGUCAUUCCGCCAAAGAAAAAUGCACCUUCAUAGGCAGUGAUCAGCAAUGCACAAGAUGUCGACGCUUGAAGAUUCCAUGUUCCAUCUCGCGUCGCAGUGGGCGUAUCGGGCGCAGACCAUCCGCCAAGGCAUUCCCACAUGGCCAAAUGCAGGUCUGGAGCGUGGAGACUCGAGAACAGCCCAGCGAGUCCGAAGCAAGCAGUAGCAAGGCCACAUCGCGUGCGCCCAGCCGAGGGUCCGAGUCGGGCUCUCAAUCUGAUCUCACAGAAGAAAUGUGUACCCCAAAUAAUAAUAAUAUCAUGAUGCUGUCGCCCGAGCGACUCAUCUCUUGUCCAAAGAAACUGCAAACAACGGCCGAUGCGCUUCAAACGGUCUUGGACGUGGAACAAUUUUCGGUCAUCCAUACGCCGUUCAUGCUGGGAUCCAGUUUUAUACCCGAAGCACAACGAACCGUCUAUACCAUUUUGUCUUUAUCCGGGCCGACGUUGACGGAGGGAUAUCUCGCUUUCCUGGGGUUGAUGACUCGGCACCAGAAAUCACUGGUUCUGCGCCCACAGCAACCCGAUAUGCGCAAGGCGGCGAAAGGGUUGCAGCGCUUGCGGGACGUCACCAUCCGAAACGAUUAUGAUGCGGCCUGUACAUUGUUUUUGGGUCAGACUAUGUACGUGUUCAAUGUACUCAGUGCCCCGUAUUCGAAUACCGCACAUUCUAUAGUUCGGAGUGCGCUUCUAUCGUCCAAGCCAUGGUUCCAUCGAUUGGUGCAAUAUCCGAUCAUGGACACCAUUAUCAUGACGCCGAUGUUGAUCGAUACGGUGGAAUGUCUGACACAUCGCGAAAUACCAAUAAUCCGAUUCCCUGAUACUGAACGAAUUAUUAUUGAUCGAUACGUGGGGCUCUGUGCGACUCUCUUACCUCAUCUUUAUGACAUCUGUGAAUGUAGUCAUGCGUUCAAGAAGAGCUUGUUAGAUGACAGUCCCACGUAUAACGGAUUUUAUGAGCAGCUUGCGAUGCUCGAGCAGAAAAUACAGGGCUGGGCACCCCCGACACCCCCUGAGCUGUAUAGCAAUUUCGGUCAACAUGAGGUACUGGCGAUGGUCACUCAGGCAACAGUCUAUCGACUGGCAGGACUGUUGGUUAUCCAUCGCCAUCGAUACCCGCUUGGAAUGGAAGACGACACAGCCAGGGUCCUGGCCGAGAGUAUCUUCUCUGCAAUGGAGCUAUUUGCCGAAUCAGCCGCUGAGAAAUCCACAGCCUUACCUAUGGUCUUCCCGAUAACCAUGGCGAUGCUGGAGAUUGAGGGACCAGGGGAAGCACUGCUAGAUCGGUUGGCAUCAUUCACGGUGCAAGCCAUGAGUGCAUCACGGUUGAAGGGAUUUGUGAAACAGAUCAGAACAGCCCGACAGACAGGAUAUGAGGGGGUCUGGUUCGAACUAGUGGAGACUCAGCUGCAAGUAGCGAUGCCGCCCUAG